CGCGAUGUUUCCGCAUUCGCUUUCUGCAGCAGUUUGCUUUGCACCCGUAUGGAAGAUGGCCGAAGUGUAAGAUAAUGUUCAAAUCAAGUAAUCGCCGUUCUUGUACGCGAUACAAUUGAUUGUUCAGACGUUGGAGAAAUUAACCCAGUGAAGUAUCGUAUUUGCGGAUAUUUUUCCACGUAUGAGCGCAAAGGAAAAUGGAUUUCGGAACAUUGUUGAAUGUAGCGCAAAAGAACGAAGGUGGAAAACAGCCGGUCGCCUGUUAUCAGACAAAGUUCACGCCGCCCAAAAAACAGUCCAAGUCGUCGAGCAAUUUAUCGUCUAAUAUUAAAAAGUUUCUCGCCAAGAAAGAGGAGGAGGAACGACAGAAGGCUUUAGAUGCUAAAAAGAGAAAAGAGAAUCUUUUAGCGUUACGAGAUCACAAGGCUCAGAGUAGAAUCAAUAAGCAUUUAAAAGUCUGUAAAGCUGCUAAUAAAUCUGUACUUGCAGACGCUAUUGAUAAUGACAACACGGCCGUUACUAUGGCAGGCCCUUCUCAGCCGGAUGAGGAUGAUUAUGGUUACGUAUCUCAGGAGGCUUCGGCUUUUUACAAUCAGCUUAUGAACAAGUAUAAAAAUCUGCCACAAGAAAAACCAUUGUUUUCCGAAAGUGGAAAGAAAACCGUUAAGGAUAUCGCGACUACUAAGGACAGAGUAAAACAAGCACUGAAACAACAAGAAAUAGAGGAUUCCUCGGGUCAUAAACGAAAACGAAGAUCUCAGGUUACGAGUGGUGAGAAAGAGUUACCGAUUCCUGAACCAGAUUCUAAACAGGAAAAGGAAAGAACAACAGUGCCUGAAAAAGAAAGAGACGAAAAACCGAGGCCUAAGAAAAGACCACUACCUCCGCCGAUGGAUUUCAUGCAACUCCUACAGAUAGCUGAAAAAAAACAGCAUGAGCCCAUUGUAUUAGAGACGAAACCAAAACCGACGAAAAUUGAAGAACCUGAAAGAUUGAUGACCAAAAAACAGAUGAGGGAACAUCUCAAGGAAAAGGAAUGGCGGGAGAGAAAAGAGCAGCGAGAUCGUAUGAAUGAAAAUUCGAAAAAUUCUCACUCUCCAGUAAAUUCUGGUAAGACUGCCAAACCCGCAGUUAAUAGAAUUCCCAAAUUAAACGGUACAAAAAGUGUACCGAGUUCUAGCGUUACGGAGAAAAAUACCUUGUCGCAUAAGCCGCCCAUAGGUACUAUUCCCAAGAAACCGUCUGCACUCAGUGAUAGAGUCGGUAAUCAUAGCAGUAGUAAUAAGCCUUCAGAGAGAGAAAGUAAGCCUUCGGAAAAAGACAAGCUGAUCGAAGAGCGCAAGAAAAUCGAAGCUGAAAAGAAAUUGCUCGAGGAAAUGCGUCGCAGUAUAGAAGAGGAGAAGAAAAAGCUGGCACUUGGCAAAGUUAAAAGAGUGGAGGAAAAAACUGUGAAUGGAUCGUCGAGUAAAUCGAAAGUUCCUGAACAAAAGUUAUCUGGAAAAGAUUCGAAACUUAGACAGGCUCUCAAACCCGACGCAAAACCACGACAAUUCCUUCCUGCUGAUAUCAAGUCUAGACAGUUUCCACCACCUGACGUCAGACCUGCGAGGCCCAAGCAAUUCCCUCCAAAGGAUGUGAAACGGAAACCCGUGGUCAAGAAACGACGCAUUUACGAUGACGAUUCUGAGCACGAUUCAGAGUUGGAUGAUUUUAUUGAUGAUGGGCCGGGGGAUGGGGCGGAAGAUUAUAGUAAAUAUAUUAGCGAGAUAUUCGGAUAUGACAAAAGUAAAUACAGGGAUCUUGACGAAGACGACGCUGGUAUGGAAAGCAAUUUUGCUCAGCAGCUCAAGGAAGAAUACGUUUCUACAAAAAUUGGCAUUAUGGAAGACUUGGAAGAUAUACGAAUGGAGGCGCUUGAGAAGAAAAAGAAGGCAUUGGUUAAAAAUAAGAAGCCAAAAUAAUGGAAAUGAAAAAGGAGCGGCGUUGAAGGCUGUUGAUAAUUAUUGAUUAUACGUAUGACGAAAUAUUUUCGUAAUAGUAAAUUAUUCCAUUAUUUUAUGAUUCGGAAGUGUGAUGAUGAGGCGGAUUGAAAGCAGUCAAAAAACCUUUACAUACAUAUUAUAAUAUAUCUCGUAGUAUGUUACAGAUAAACAUAUAUUUAUGAACAUCCAGGAUGUGAAUUGAUUUGCGUGUGUUGUAUAUAAAAAAGACGUUGAUGAAUGUGAAAUUUAUACAUUAUAUAGUACAUCACGGUUAUAUUGUAUAAACUAGACAAUAGUAUUCAAUGAUCUACUAAAUCGAUUCUCACGUGUACAAGAUUUUCUCUUUGCAUUCCUCACAGCCAACGAAAAUAUUUUAAAUUUAAAAAGGAUAGAAAAAAAAAAUUAUCCAACAGUAAGACAAUAAUGAUAAAAAUACCCAACACAAUCUGCUUACACGAUUGUUGCAUAGUUGAAAAUUUGGAAAUGCUACAGCAAACAUACAGGUAUAACAAUUAAUUGUUGUGGUAGAAUGAAAUCAAUCAAAUACUUUAAACAAAAAUCGUCAAAGUGCCAAGACUUAUAUACUAAAUAAGGGAUUUAAUCGAUUUUGUACAAGCUUAGUCGAAGAAAUAAUCGUUCCUCGAAUAACAGUUUUGCUUUUUUGUAUUCUCUUCUCUCUUCACUAUCUCAUUCUCGUUUUGGCAACUUAAAGUGCCGUUGUUGAUUGUUAUUUUUUAUUUUGUUCGUUUUAUAUUAAACAUAUUAUUUUAUUUACGGCAUAGUAAAAUAUUAAUUGCGUUUUGAGUUUUUUUCUUGUAAAACUGACCGCUUGAUUGUUGGCUAUAAUAAAAUUUCUGAAUUAA